AAAAAAAACCCUCUUAGGAGGAAGUAGAUUUUUUCAUGUUCAGACGGUGAUUGCAGUUCCUAGCACUGAGAUCGGAAUCAUGGCUUAUCCUGGAUACGGUGGUUAUGGUGGACCUAUGCCAGGUGGUAUGAUGGGCGGCCCAGCUCAAGGAGGAUUCCCACCACAGUAUGGAGGCUACCCUGGCACCUUUGCUCCACCCACUACACAAGACCCUAUGUGGGGUUACUUCACUGCCAUAGCUGGACAGGAUGGUGAGGUGGAUGCUGAGGAGCUACAAAGGUGUUUGACCCAGACUGGCAUCAGCGGCACCUAUGCUCCUUUCAGUUUGGAGACGUGUAGGAUUAUGAUUGCCAUGUUGGAUAGAGACUACUCAGGUAAAAUGGGCUUUAAUGAGUUUAAGGAGCUGUUUACUGCACUGAACGGCUGGAAGCAGAACUUCAUGAUGGUGGACCGAGACAACAGCGGCAGUGUGGAGCCUCAUGAGAUGUCUCAGAGUAUCACUAACAUGGGGUACAGGGUGAGUCCUCAGGCUUUGGGGUCCAUGAUGAAGCGCUUCAGUCGGGGAGGAAAAAUCUACUUUGAUGACUAUGUGGCCUGCUGUGUGAAACUCAGGGCUCUGACAGAGAAUUUCAGGAGGAGAGACGUUAUGCAGCAAGGAGCUGUGAACUUCCAGUAUGAUGAUUUCAUCUUGUGCACCAUGUCUAUCUGAAGACUUUGGACAGACUUCCUGAGCUUUUGUAGAGAAAGAUGACUGUAAUGUAAAAGUACUGCAACGCUAUAUGUUGUACACAUGCUUAUUAAUUAUGAUUUGCUCUUUGAACAGUAUAGGAAUCAUUCUCUGAUAGGAUUUUGCUAACAAAAAGCCAAAGGGACAGACCACAGAAAACCAUUUUUUAUUUAGUGCCUAUAUUUUAUUUUCAUUUUUUAGUCAUAACUUUGUAAUAAUUUUAGCCAGUUUUGACAUACUCAUCACUCCAUAUGUACAUUUUGUUAAUAAAUCACCUAAAUGUUAAA